AUGAAAAAUUUAGAUAGUUCUUCAGAAACCAAAUUCUGUCCAAACGAAGAGGAGGAAGGAGUAGACUGCCAAAAUAAUUAAAAUAGCGGAGGAAUAAAUAGUAGCUUUAUAAACGAGACUAUUAGGAAAUAAAGUGUAAAGAACUUGUUCUCUGAUGAAGAAAACAUCAAAAUUGUGACUUAGCAUAGAAUUAGCCCAGACCUGGUCAUUAAUAGCAGUCAGGAAUAUGAGAUUUAGGCAAUGACUUUCGAGGGAAGUAAAUAGAAUUUGAUUUCAAUAAGAGAUCUAGACAUCAAUAUAUAUUCUGAGAAUUAGCCUCCCUCUCCAAGAACAACUGUACAUCCUCCUGCGAUCUUAAAUGUAGGCGUAUCUCCCUAAAGUAAAGUGAAUAAACCCUAAAAUCUAAAUCAAGUGGUGCAACCCAAACAAUAGAUAGAUGAAGAAGAAGAUGAAGAUAACAAAAUGAUGGAAAACGUAGUAGAUUCUGAAAGCGAUGUAGUCUUCAGUGGAAAUUUAUCCAAAGAUAGAAGUAAGGACGACAUAUUGGUAGAUGAUUAGCAAGAAGAGCUUUUAAAUUCUGUGAGAAAGAUUCCAAACACCAUUACUAAGUAAAAGAAUCAGUAUGUUUAUAAUCCCGCAAGCAAAAACAAAAAUGAGGUAUUGGUGAGUAUGAGUGAUGACAACUUUAUACAAUAGCAGCAAUAAAUAGUAGAUCAAAUAGUUUCAAAUAUUAACAAUCAAUAGCAAAAAGGAAAUUCAACCAUAAAUAACAAGAAUUUUAUUAACAGCAAGUAAAUCUAAGACAGUCUAGACAACUUGAAGAAAUCAUAGCUCCUCUAUCUACAGUCACAGAAUUAGAUGAAUGGAAGCAAUUAUGAUAAUAUGGUAAAAGUCUAUACUUAGCAGAAGCAGCAGGUAUCUUUCUAAGAUGAGCAGAAAUAGUAAUUUGAUGACUCACUUAGAAGACCAAAUUACUCCGUUCAUCAUUCACAUCACAAAUCAUUGGACUUAAAUGAUCACAUCGCUUCUAAAAAUACUCACAAUAGCAGCACCAAUGGAUUGACUUAUAAAACUGUAAGUCUCUCCAAGUCCUUCACAUGCUCACCAGAAAAAUAAACAGCAGGAGGCUACAAUGAUACUCUUAUCAUGAAUCCAUUAUCUCCAGAUUACUCUAAAUUUCUACAAAAUAACAUUCAGAGUGUAAAUUAUACUCCUAUGAGUUUUCGAGAUAAUACAGAAGAUAAGCCUCUUGAGCAAUUGAAUUAAUACUAACCAAUUAACGAUUAAAUUUCUAAAAACUAAAGCAUUUUGUAAAAUUUAGUUGAAGCGAACUAGAUGUAGUACAUAAAUUCGCUUGAGAUGAAAGUUACUAUCUUGCAAUAGGAAAUUAUCAAUCUUUAGCAAUUACAAAAUUUCAGGCAGACCAAUCAAUUGCCUCACAGUUAAGACUCUAUAACUACCUCUGAAAACAGCUAUUUAAAGCAGAUUGUAGAGAGAUAGAAGAAUCGUAUAACUGAGUUAGAGGCUCAAGUAAAAAUACUGCAAUCUGAUAAGGAAUAAAUGCAAACUGACAUUUCAGAGUUAAAAAGUUAAUAGAGAAUUCACGAGUAAAUUAUUCAAAGCUUGUAAUUAAGAGUAGAUCAAAUAGCAAGCUAGAUGUUGCAUGAAACAGAUAUAAGGUUGAAUAUGUAUAAGCUGCAUGAUAGCAAUUAGUUGCUGAGUAAUGGAUUGAGAAUAACUAAUAGAUCACCAUAGUUAAGAAACUAAGGUGGAUUCAUAGAGACUGAUGGAUUGAUGAGUUAUUAGUCACACAGUGUACCUAGAGCAAUCAAGGAUUAAUAUAAUCAAAACAAUACUAAUGCUGGCUACAUAAGGAGUGGAACAUUAAACUACGAAUAGCUAGUUGAUCCUUACUAAGAAUUGAGUAGCUAGGAUAGAACGAGGCUACCUAGAUUCUCAGAGAAAAGUCACUAUGAUCAAUUGAAGGAUCCAUCAAAGUAUUUAAGCAACACAAUAAACAAAUAGAUUUUGCCCUACAAUCCAAUUUAGACUUAGCACUCUCAACUCUAUCAAAAAGAAGCAGAUGAGAAUUAUAAUUAUAUGACUAACAAUGCUCCUAGUUAUAACAAACCUAAUCUGCACGUUAAAAGCACAAAUAUUCGACCUCUGACCAAUGAGGUAAAUUCUCCUUUAAUUACUAUGAAGAGAGGUAGUGCAAGGUCGAAUAAAUCUCCAGGAGUUAGUCAAAUUAUGAAAUGGGAAAAAAAUAAUGAGGAUUCCUAAUCACCAACAAGAGUUGAAGCUGAGGAAUUUCAAGAUGAGGAAUGUAUUACUCUUAGAGGUAGAAAAGGAGUAUUCAAGUAAUAAUAGAGCCAAGAUUAUAGGAAAAACAUUAGGAAUAGCUUUAGAAAUAAUGAAUAGAGCAAUAGAAUGAUUCAGUCUAUGGUUAUUAAUCAUCAUGAUAUGAGCAAUUACAUGGAUGAGGAUGAAGAUAAUCUGAACUAACUUAAUUCAAGUACUCAAAUGGGAGUGAUUAAGCAUGGAAGUAUGAAAAUUAAAGAUAAGAAGCGAUCCCUUAUAAAUAACUCAGAUAUAAUUAAUCCGAAUUAUUUCUCAGCAAUGAAGGGGAAAACUCAAAUUUAAUCUGAUGCAAGAUCAGAUUACCUGAGAGAAUAGUAAGAUGACGACAUGCUAAUGCAAUCUCCUUAUGAAGAUUAGGAUCCAAAUUAAGAUGGAAAGUUGAUGUAGUUACAAAUGGAAAAAGACAAACUAGAAAGGGAGUAUUCUAAGUACCUCGGCUAGUAAAAGAGACAAAAAAGCAGAGAGCAAAAGCAAAAUUUGGAGGUGAAGAUAGAGGAAUUGAACAAGCAAAUUAGCAAAAUAAAGAUAAGGAAUCGAUAAAAAUCGAAUAAGAGAAGAAGUACUAUAAGAGUUUGA